AUGGUUUCUCUUUCCAGGAGGCGACCACAUGACGUUUUCGCGGCAGGUGGCAAUGCCCUCGACAAGGCACCGUCUGGUCCUGUAGCUGACUUUGUGAAGAGUCACGGAGGACAUACUGUUAUCACAAAGGCGAGUUUCGUUCUCAUUGCUAACAACGGUAUUGCUGCUGUCAAAGAGAUUCGUUCAAUCCGACAAUGGAGUUACGAGACGUUCGGGACGGAGCGUGCCGUUGAGUUUACGGUUAUGGCUACCCCCGAGGAUCUGAAGGUCAACGCCGAGUACAUUCGUAUGGCCGAUCGUUAUGUUGAGGUGCCUGGCGGCUCCAAUAACAACAACUACGCCAACGUCGACCUCAUCGUCGAUGUUGCUGAGCGCGCCGGCGUGCAUGCUGUUUGGGCUGGCUGGGGUCACGCGUCGGAAAACCCUCGCCUUCCCGAGACUCUUGCGGCGAACAAAAUUGUGUUCAUUGGUCCUCCGGGGAGUGCCAUGCGGAGUUUAGGUGACAAAAUCUCAAGUACAAUUGUCGCUCAAAGUGCAGAUGUUCCGACGAUGGCGUGGUCGGGUUCUGGAAUAUCCGAGACUGUGAUGUCUGACCAAGGCUUCGUGACUGUGGCUGAUGAGGUUUACCAACGUGCAUGUGUUACGACUGUUGAGGAGGGUUUGGCAUCGGCUGCUGAGAUUGGAUACCCCGUGAUGAUCAAGGCUAGCGAAGGUGGAGGAGGAAAGGGAAUUCGCAAGGUUGAUGCUCCCGAAGGAUUCAAAAAUGCGUUCAGCGCAGUUGCAGGUGAAAUACCUGGUUCGCCUAUCUUCAUCAUGAAGCUUGCGGGGCAAGCACGGCAUCUUGAAGUUCAACUUCUUGCUGAUCAAUAUGGAAAUGCUAUCUCGCUCUUUGGUCGAGAUUGUUCUGUACAACGGCGUCAUCAGAAGAUUAUCGAAGAGGCCCCAGUUACUAUCGCCAAGCAAGAUAUAUUUGAGCAAAUGGAGCGCGCUGCCGUUCGUCUGGCAAAACUUGUCGGAUACGUUAGUGCUGGAACAGUCGAAUAUCUUUACAGCCAUGCGGAGGACGUCUUCCAUUUCUUGGAACUGAACCCCCGUCUCCAAGUCGAGCAUCCCACGACAGAAAUGGUGUCGGGCGUAAAUCUUCCGGCGGCGCAGCUGCAGGUCGCUAUGGGUGUCCCUCUUCACCGCAUCCGGCAUAUUCGUCAGCUAUACGGUGUAGCGCCUAACGGCACAUCGGAGAUCGAUUUUGAUAUGGUGGAUCCCGACGCGAGUAAAUUACAAAGGAAACCGCGACCGAAGGGACAUGUAGUGGCAGUCCGCAUUACUGCUGAAAAUCCCGAUGCAGGUUUCAAGCCGUCAUCAGGUUCCCUGCAAGAGCUCAAUUUCCGUUCUAGCACCAACGUGUGGGGUUAUUUUUCCGUUGGCUCGGCCGGUGGACUGCAUGAAUUCGCGGACUCCCAGUUUGGGCACAUCUUUGCGUAUGGUGAGGAUCGUGGAGAAAGCAGGAAGAAUAUGGUCGUUGCUCUGAAGGAGCUUAGCAUCCGUGGAGACUUCCGCACAACGGUGGAGUAUCUCAUCAAGCUGCUCGAAUUACAAGCUUUCCAGGAGAACACCAUCACCACUGGUUGGCUGGACUCGCUUAUAAGUGACAAGCUCACAGCGGAACGACCAGAUGCGACUCUCGCUGUCAUUUGUGGAGCCGUCACUAAGGCUCAUCUGGCGUCUGAUGCCUCGUGGGGAGAGUAUAAACGCGUCUUGGAUAAGGGUCAAGUUCCUUCUCGCGAUGUCCUGAAGACUGUCUUUGGCAUUGAUUUCAUCUAUGACAACGUGCGAUACUCAUUCACCGCUACUCGUUCCUCCUUGACGACUUGGACGUUGUACCUGAAUGGCGGCAGGACUAUGGUCGGCGCCCGUCCUCUUGCGGACGGUGGUCUUCUGGUUCUCCUUGACGGAAAGAGCCACUCGAUCUAUUGGAGAGAAGAGGUUGGCUCUCUGAGGCUAAUGGUGGACGCCAAGACAUGCCUCAUUGAACAGGAGAACGACCCGACGCAGCUUCGCAGUCCCAGUCCUGGCAAAUUGGUGCGAUUGCUGGUCGAAAGCGGUGACCAUAUUAAUGCCGGGGAGCCAUAUGCUGAAAUAGAAGUCAUGAAAAUGUAUAUGCCACUCGUUGCCUCAGAAGAUGGUAUUGUGCAGUUUGUCAAGCAGCCUGGAGUCAGCCUAGAACCUGGUGAUAUCCUCGGUAUUCUGACACUAGACGAUCCCGCACGUGUCAGACAUGCAAAGCCUUUCGAAGGUCUUCUCCCUGCGAUGGGUUCUCCAAACGUUAUUGGUAACAAACCCCACCAGCGUCUACAGGCUUUGCUCAAUACGCUAAACGACAUUUUGGACGGCUUCGAUAACCAGGCCAUCAUGGCCUCUACCUUCAAAGAUCUCAUUGACGUGUUAGAAAAUCCCGAGUUGCCGUUUUCAGAAGUCUCAGCAAUUAUGUCGACGCUGUCUGGCCGCAUGCCGUCGAAGCUGGAAGACAGCAUUCGCUCCGCGAUCGAUACCGCUAAGAGCAAGGGAGAGGGAUCUGAAUUCCCGGCCCUGCGUAUCAAGAAAUUACUGGAACAUUUCAUGGAAGACAACGUGCGCCCUCAAGAUAGGCCGAUGUUUAGGACACAGAUCAGCGCUCUCUUCGAUGCGGUUGAUCGAUACAUAAAUGGGCUGAAGGCACACGAAGUGAACACCAUUGCUGGCUUGUUAGCUCGCUAUGAGCAUACAGAGAAGUUGUUCGGGGGCAGCAUUGAGGCCCGUGUCCUCAUGCUUCGAGAACAAUACAAGGACGAUUUGGACAAGGUGGUAUCCCUCGUUCUUAGUCAUAUCAUGGCGCAGAGGAAGGGCCGACUCUUGACCUUAAUCCUCGACCAUGUCAAGAACAGUGGUUCGACGGUAUCGAAUCCAGACAGCAAGCUUUACCAAGUUCUGCAGGGAUUGGCAUCGCUCGAAGCAAGGUCGUCCACUCAAGUGGCUUUGAAGGCUCGCGAGGUACUGAUCUCGUGCCAGAUGCCCUCAUAUGAAGAGCGCAAAAUUCAGAUGCAAGGUAUAUUGAAAUCAUCUGUGACUAACAGCUUUUAUGGGGAGCAAGGGAGUGACAUGAAGACGCCAUCUGCGGACGUCUUGAGGGAAUUGAUUGACUCCCGAUACACGGUGUUCGACGUGCUACCAACCUUCUUCAACUUCAACGAUCAGUGGACCACUUUGGCUGCAAUGGAGGUCUACGUCAGGCGCGCCUACCGCGCAUAUAGUCUUCUGUCCAUUGACUACGAGGAGGGUGAUGGCCUGGGUGAUGGCGAUGCACCUCAUAUCGUUACCUGGCGCUUCAACCUUCCACAAUCGCGCUCCCCUCCGACCACACCAAGUCUCUCGAAUAAUGCCCGUAGGCAGGCCUCUGUAAGCGACCUCACCUACAUGAUCAGUAGACAUCAAAAGCAGCCGCUUAGAAAUGGUGCCAUUGCUUCAUUCCCUAAUUUCAAAGCCUUUUCCCGUGGUUUCGAGAAGGUUGCAGAUACGCUCCCGUCGUUCGAUCCUCUAGAGUACCAAGAACGGUACGGCUCCAGCCAGCCCCCCAAUGUUCUAAAUAUGGCUUUGCGCAUCUUCAACGAGGCGGAUGAUAUGUCAGAUCAAGACUGGUACAAGAACAUACAUGAACUGAUCAAUGAUAGACAUCAAAUUUUAACUCGUCGAGGAGUUCGCCGUAUUUCCAUUCUCAUUUGCAGGCCCGGCCUCUAUCCUCAGUACUUCACGCUGCGCAACAUGGGGUCGUCGUGGGAUGAAGAACAAGCCAUUCGACACAUUGAACCCGCCCUGGCAUACCAACUGGAGCUAGGCCGCUUGUCAAACUAUAAUCUCACACCUUGCUUCACGGAAAGCAAGCAGCUUCACAUCUACCAUGGAGUGGCUCGCGAGAAUCAGUUGGAUAGCAGAUUUUUCAUUCGCGCCCUUGUUCGUCCUGGUCGUGUGCUGGGUGAUAUGAACACUGCAAAGUACCUGAUUUCGGAGACGGACCGGCUCGUCACCAAUAUUCUGGAUACGCUAGAACUUGUCUCUGUGCAGCAUAGAAACGCGGACGUCAACCACAUUUUCAUGAACUUCAUCUACAACCUUCCCGUUACAUAUGAUGAUGUGUUGGAGGCGAUCUCAGGUUUCAUCGAACGUCACGGAAAGCGUCUUUGGCGUCUCCACGUCACCGGCUCAGAAAUUCGGAUCGUGUUAGAAGACAGUGAAGGGAACGUUACUCCUAUUCGAUGCGUUAUCGAAAACGUCUCUGGUUUCGUCGUCAACUACCACGGCUAUCAAGAGAUCACCACCGACAAGGGUACAACGAUAUUGAAGUCCAUUGGUGAGAAAGGGCCUCUGCAUCUGCUGUCUGUGCACCAGCCCUAUCCCACGAAGGAAUCUCUGCAGCCAAAACGUUACCAGGCGCAUCUUGUUGGAACCACUUAUGUUUAUGACUUCCCUGACUUGUUCUCCAAAGCGUUGAGCAAUGUGUGGGUGAAAGGAAGAACUAACAACCCUUCCUUGACGCUCCCGAAGAAGGUUCUUGACUCAAAGGAGCUUAUUCUGGACGAGAAUGAUCAACUUCAAGAGGUCGACAGAGCACCUGGUAACAAUAGCUGCGGUAUGGUGGGCUGGGUCUUCACGAUGCGAACUCCCGAAUGCCCGGAAGGACGUCGUGCCGUAGUCAUCGCAAAUGACAUCACUUACAAGAUAGGUUCCUUUGGCCCUCUCGAGGAUCAAUUCUUCUAUCUAUGCUCCCAAUAUGCCCGCCAGCAGGGUCUUCCUCGUGUCUACCUGUCCGCGAACUCGGGUGCUCGCAUUGGCUUGGCUGAAGAAGUGAUGGGUCUCUUCUCAUGCGCCUGGAAUGACCCGGAGCACCCAGAGAAGGGCAUCGACUAUCUGUACCUCACGCAUGAGAACUUACUCAAAUUGCAGGAGAAGGGUGUUGCUGCGAUUCGUACAGUCGACGUAGAGGUGGCCGGCGAGACUCGGCACAAGAUUACCGACAUCAUCGGUCUCCAGGAUGGACUUGGCGUUGAAUGUUUGAAGGGAUCUGGUCUUAUCGCGGGCGAGACGUCUCGAGCGUAUGACGACAUCUUCACGAUUACAUUGGUCACUGCUCGCUCCGUCGGCAUUGGCGCUUACCUCGUACGCCUCGGCGAGCGCGCUGUCCAGGUCGAAGGACAGCCCAUUAUCCUCACGGGCGCCCCUGCGCUUAACAAAGUUCUUGGCCGGGAAGUCUACACGUCUAACUUGCAACUUGGCGGUACCCAAAUUAUGUAUAAGAAUGGUGUCUCGCAUCUCACUGCAAGCAGCGACUUGGAAGGCGCUACGCAUAUUCUCCAAUGGCUUUCUUACGUUCCAGUGGUCAAAGGUGCACCUUUGCCGAUUCUCGAGUCUAAUGAUACUUGGGAUCGUGACAUUGGGUAUAGCCCACCGAAGGGACCAUAUGAUCCCCGCUGGUUUAUUGAGGGCAAGACGGACGAGACGACUACCGAAUGGAUGUCUGGUUUCUUUGACAAGGGUUCGUUCCAGGAGACGCUGAGUGGCUGGGCGCAGACCGUUGUCGUUGGACGCGCUCGCCUUGGAGGUAUUCCCAUGGGUAUCAUCGCCGUUGAGACGCGGACAAUCGAGCGCGUCGUUCCUGCCGACCCCGCAAAUCCUACGUCAUUUGAGCAGCGUAUAAUGGAAGCUGGCCAGGUGUGGUACCCCAACUCAGCGUACAAGACAGCGCAGGCGAUAUUCGAUUUCAAUCGCGAGAGCCUUCCAUUGAUUAUUUUCGCGAACUGGCGUGGUUUCUCUGGAGGUCAGCAAGACAUGUACGACGAGAUUUUGAAGCAAGGCUCGAAAAUUGUUGACGGACUAUCGAGCUACAAGCAGCCUGUCUUCGUGUACAUCAUGCCCAACGGAGAGUUGCGUGGUGGUGCAUGGGUGGUGCUUGAUCCAUCAAUCAACUCGCAGCAGAUGGAAAUGUACGCGGAUGUAGAUGCCCGGGCGGGUGUUCUUGAGCCGGAGGGCAUUGUCGAGAUCAAGAUGCGUCGUGACAAGAUUCUCAAGUUAAUGGAGCGACUGGACGGACAAUAUGCAUCACUUAAGACAGAUACCACGGAUAUGUUGAAGAGCGCAGAAGAGCGCACGGCUGCUAUAGAAGCACUGGCACAACGCGAGACCUUGUUGAUGCCGACCUACAAACAAAUUGCUCUCUUAUAUGCUGAUCUUCAUGAUCGAACUGGACGCAUGGAAGCCAAGGGUUGCGCCUCGCCGAUGGUAUGGAAAGAUGCGCGACGGAAAUUUUAUUGGGCGUUGCGAUCCAAGGUCGCGUGGUCUACAGCAAUGGCCUCGCUUGCAGAGGCUAGCCCAGAUUCAUCAGAUGAAUAUCGCAGCGAACUUCUGGAGAAAUUGGCUUCCCUUGACGGAGUCACUGACCGACGAGCUAUGGCGGAGUCAUUGGAGAGUCUUGAUUUGACGGCAACUCUGGCGCAGUUAAAAGCAGAUCAUCUCAUGAGUCAAAUGCUGACCUUGGCUCAUGAGGAUCGCAAGGCGACGCUGGAUGGGCUUGUCCGUCUCGUGGACAAUCUCACAGACGAUGAAAAAGCGACGCUCAUGGGCGCGCUGCAGAACGCGGGCCGCUCGCCAGGACCGCCAUCCUACUCGAAUGUUUCUGCUGUUGUGAAUUGA